AUGGAAACUGAAACUUGGUUUUCGCAAUGGUUUUGUGUUAGCAGGCAGGGCUUUGGAGGGGGACUUAUGAUAUUUUGGCGUGAUGAUUGGACAAUACAAAUUUUCACUUACUCUAUUGGUCAUAUUGAUGUUAUGUACCCAGAUUCUUCGCAGCGUAAACAUUCCUGGGAUCUCCUUCGUCGUCUAGCUAGUGUUUCUUCUCUCCCUUGGAUUUGUAUGGGAGAUUUUAACGAAAUUAUCUCUAAUGUUGAGAAGGUGGGAGGCAACCCACGACCACAAUGGCAGAUGGAUGAUUUUAAGGAAGCCAUUUCAGAUUGCUGCUUCAAAGAAAUACCUUUCUUGGGCUCUCCUUUUACUUGGAGCAGAGGGUCUAGUGGAAGCCUGGUCAAAGAGCAUCUAGAUAGAGGUUUGGCUAGUCAUUCUGUCUUUCAACACUUCGAACACUUACUUGUCCACCACUAUGUCACAGAUGCUUCAGACCAUGCCCCCUUGGUUUUACAUGCUGAAAUUCUUGCUCCUACUACAACUUUUGGUAAAAGGCGUUUUCAUUUUGAAGCAAUGUGGGCUAAUGAAGAGGGUUGCCGUAAUACCCUUCUUGAGGCUUGGGGUGAGGCCUCUAGUCAAUCUCUACCUCUCACAAACAAGUUUUUAUUGUGUGCGCAACGUCUUAAUUCUUGGGGCCAACAACAGUUUGGUUCUCUCCCAAAACAGAUUCAACAAUGUUAUUUGGAGCUCCAAAAUCUUGACUUGGAUGCACCUAAUUUUGACCCAACCAAGAAGCACAAAUUAUCGGUUAAACUUGAUGAUCUAUUUGAAAAAGAGGAUACUUUUUGGAAACAAAGGUCCCAAGUUCAGUGGCUUCGGGAGGGUGACCGGAAUACACAUUAUUUUCAUGAAAAACUUGCCAAAGAGGAAGGAAAUUUAUUUGGGGUCUUUGAUGACAACAACUGCUGGUUUGAUGAGGAGCCAGGCAUCCAAAGGGCUUUUAUUGAUUAUUUUCAGAAAUUGUUCACAUAUGAUGGUGUCGUGGAUGUAGCUAAUAUUAUGCAUGCUGUUGAAACCAAAGUAACGCCUGAGAUGAAUGCCCAGCUUACUCACCCUUUUGAUUUGUCAGAAAUUAGUCAUUCCCUUUCCCAAAUAGGACCUUUGAAAGCCCCUGGUUCAGAUGGAUUGCCUGCCUUAUUUUUCCAAAAAUACUGGGAUAUUAUUGGAUAA